CAAGGGGCUUCGGGACUAUCCCCGGAAAUGACUAACCAUGUGGAGGUCUCCAUGGCAGAUGGCCCCCACAUUAGCUUGGAAGAGUUACCAAAACCUUGCUUGGAUAAGUACUGUGGCUGGCUGAUGCGAAAUGCGCUGCUCACCCUGACAAUACUUGGGGUGAUUUUGGGCUCUGUGUUUGGCAGUCUCUUGAGGUUGCUGCCACCACUCGAUAGCGACCUGCUUAUGUUGAUUUCUUUUCCUGGCGACAUCCUCAUGAGGAUGUUGAAAAUGCUGAUCUUACCUCUGGUGAUCUCCAGCCUUAUUUCUGGUCUGGCUAGCCUUGAUGCCAAAUCCAGUAGCCGAAUGGGCACUCGUGCCAUGGUCUAUUAUAUAUCAACCACAGUGUUGGCAGCCAUCUUGGGUGUCAUUCUCGUCAUCUCUAUCCAUCCUGGUAACCCAAAACUCAGGAAAACACCCAUAGUGAUGACUAAAAAUGAGGAAGUCUCCAGUUUGGAUGCUUUUCUGGACUUGAUCCGGAACUUGUUCCCUGAAAACCUGGUGCAGGCCUGUUUCCAGCAGAUCCAAACUGUCUCAACAAAAGUCUCUGUACCACCAGUGGUAGUACGAAAGGAGAACAUCAGUCAAAUAGUCCGUGCCAAUGGCACAGUGCUCAAUGCUACCAUCACAGAAGUGAAUGUAGGCCCCAGCACCGUGACACAGAAGCGGUUGGAAUUCAAGGCUGGAAUGAAUGUUUUGGGUCUGAUUGGCUUCUUCAUCGCUUUUGGGAUCUGCAUGGGAAAGAUGGGGGAACAGGCAAAGCCUGUGGCUGAUUUCUUCAAUAUCCUCAAUGAGAUCAUCAUGAAGUUGGUCUGCAUGAUCAUGUGGUACUCACCAUUUGGCAUUGCCUCACUGAUCUGCGGCAAGAUCGCAGCUAUCAAAGACCUGGAGACAGUGGCUCGGCAGCUGGGCAUGUACAUGGUGACUGUAGUUGUGGGAUUGGUCAUCCACGGUGCUCUGGUCCUGCCUCUCAUCUUUUUCAUCAUCACUCGCCAGAAUCCCUUCAUCUUCUAUGCAGGCAUCUUCCAGGCCUGGAUCACAGCCCUGGGCACUGCAUCCAGUGCUGGAACACUGCCUGUCACUUUCCGCUGCCUUGAAGAGAACCUGAAAAUCGACAAGCGGGUGACGCGCUUUGUGCUACCCAUUGGUGCCACUAUCAACAUGGAUGGCACCGCCCUCUAUGAGGCUGUGGCUGCCAUCUUUAUCGCACAGAUGAAUAGUAUAACCUUGGACAGUGGACAGAUUGCAACAGUCAGUCUGACAGCCACAUUGGCCAGUGUUGGGGCAGCCAGUAUACCCAGUGCCGGCUUAGUCACCAUGCUGCUAAUCCUGACAGCUGUGGGACUCCCUACUCAGGAUAUCAGCCUCCUCAUUGCCGUUGACUGGCUACUGGAUCGCAUGAGAACCUCCAUCAAUGUGGUGGGUGACUCCUUUGGUGCUGGCAUAAUCUACCACCUAGCACGGAAAGAGUUAGCAAUUCUUGAUGCUAGGUCUGAGGGCCAUGAGCCGGACUCCGCUGCCCUCAAACUGCAGGCUGUGGGAAAUCACCAGGUUCCACUUGAAGGUUCUAUUGGAUCAGGGUAUACAGUCCUCCCCAGCCAGGAGGAGGAGGAGGAGGAGGAGGAGGAAGAAGAAGAGCCUCCAGAAAAAAUUGACGUGGCAUCGCAAUACAGUGACAGGGAAGAAGAGGUACCUGUGGAUGAUAAAGAGGAAGAAGAGAAAGAGGAGGAUGAGAAAUAA